GAUGUCACUUUGCAUUAUAGCUAAACCUUAAAAGUUGUUUGGAAUUUGGAUUGUUCUGAACUUCUAAAUAAUAUCAUACUAAAUAUUCUAAGUAAAAUCUAUAAAAAAAACUUAUAUACACUUUAGUCUACUUUAAUUGAAGUGAAUAUAAUCUAAAGCAAUGCCUAAAGUACGUCGAAGCCGAAAACCGCCUCCCGAUGGCUGGGAACUGAUUGAACCAACGCUGGAAGAAUUGGAACAAAAAAUGCGUGAAGCUGAAACAGAACCACACGAGGGAAAAAGAAAACAGGAGUCUCUAUGGCCUAUAUUCAAAAUACAUCAUCAGAAAUCUCGCUACAUUUAUGACUUAUUCUAUAGAAGGAAAGCUAUCAGUAGAGAAUUAUAUCAAUACUGCUUAAAUGAAAAAAUUGCCGAUGCAAACCUCAUCGCUAAGUGGAAAAAGACUGGUUAUGAAAACUUGUGUUGUCUAAGGUGUAUUCAGACGAGAGAUACAAAUUUUGCAACAAAUUGUAUAUGCAGAGUCCCUAAAAGCAAGUUGGAGGAGGGUAGAAUAGUUGAAUGUGUACAUUGUGGGUGCAGGGGUUGUUCAGGGUAGUGUGUAAAAUUUUGAAAUCAAAGAUCUUUGUACAAACACGUACAUGAAAAUGUUUUAAAUUGAUAAAUGUCCUCACACAACUGAAACAUGUGUUUCGACACUAAAGUAGUGUCUAUCAUAAGUGAGAUUGAAGCAUUUUGUAUUUUCCUUUUAUUGUCAGUGUAAUUAUAAUAGAAAUUUGUAGAAUAACUAAUUUCAACACAGUACACAAUAAAAGAGUCAUAAAUUUUUUAA